GUGGAGAGUCGCGCAGUUUUGUCACUUGUAUUUUAUCUCAAAAGCAACAACUUGAGCAACCUAUCUUAAUUGGAUAAUGAAGAAAAUUAUUAAUAUUAUCUUUCAUAUUACGACGUGUUUUAUCGGUUUAUUUUAUAAUUAGGUUAAUAUCGAAGUGAUUUUGCAUGAAAGAUAUGCCUUUAGGUCGCUUAUUUUAAUAUUUCAUGUAUAUUUUAAAAGUAGUAUCGUUUUCAUAGACCUAAUAUUUUAGCGUCAUAGAUUGACCUAUAGGCCUAUCAUAGCAGGUCUGCUCUAAUAUAGAUAAAACUUUUUUUAAGAUGAUAAGCGGCACAACCGGUACUUUAUAUAAAUGGAAUAAAAAUAACUAAGUUUUUUGUUGUGGGAGCAGUCGAAGUCCUUCCUUGUCAUGGCGCAGGCUGGGGACGCUGCACCGCGAUGGAUAUCAGGCCGCGAUGUGCGGCGAGUGCUCACAUGGGACGUCCUGCUGCCCGCCAUGCGGGACGUCUUCGAGGCCUUCUCCUCCGAGGGGCUCGUCGAGCAGCCGCUCAGGAACCGUCUUUAUGACCCGCAAAAUAACGGAUUGAAAAUAGUGAUGCCAGGCCUAGUGCGGCCUAAGCAGGCGCUGGCCACCAAAAUUCUGACGGUUUACCCCAACAACGCCAAACUCGGCCUACCCUCCCACAACGCCCUCAUCGUCCUGCACGACGCCUGCACCGGCCUACCUCUCGCAUUGGUGGACGGCACGAGCGUUACGGAGCUGCGGACAGCGGCGGCCUCAGCCGCGGCAUCGGUGGCCAUCCGACGAAGCCGCGGCCAAACAGAGGCGGUCGGGGNUAGAGCCCUCAACAACAUCAUGCAACCCACCCAGGUGCGGGUGUGGUCGCGUGGCGGGUGCCAGGAGCUGACAGCGGCGCUGCAGGCUGACGGUGUGCCAGCGCUGGCAGCUGACAGCCUGCAGCAGGCGGUGCAGGAUGCUGACGUCAUCGCCACCUGCACCACCCGCCUGCAUCAGCUGCUGCAGCUGACGUGGCUCAAGCCUGACGCCAUCAUCCUAGGUGACAUCGUGCAUACCAGGACAGCAGUGGUGGGGGAGGUGGGGGACGUCAUUAAGGGGAAGCUGUCGGUCCCCCAACGGGGGAUUGUCAUCUUCAAGUCCUUGGGACUGGCUGCCCAGGACGCCGUGGCCGCCAAGCUCGUCUACGACGCCACGACGUGAACGGGGCAACCCUCACCCCCCUACAUUUAUCCCCCCCCUCCCUCCCUCCCUCCCCCUCCCUCUCGCUCUCUCCCUUCUCCCCUCUUGUGAUCCAUUAAUCAAACACGAAGAAUAAAAUUAUUUUAAACUCA